AUGUUUGCUUUACUUUCUAUCCACUCUAUUUCCUCUGUUUCCUUAAAUGGUGAUCAGUUGCUAAUAGGUGGAGAGGACUUUACAUUUUCAAGACAACAAAUUGAUGAAGCAGAUCCAAAUCAAAUUGCUGUCACAGUUAUCAUUGAAGGAAAAUAUACAGAAAUACCAGAUAACGCAUUUCAAUACCUAAGUAAUAUCAAAAAUGUUUCAAUUACAGCACCAAUUGCUACAAUUGGUGAAUCUGCAUUUGAAGGAUGCUCAAAUUUGAUUUUCAUAGAAUUACCACACAAUUCGCCUGAAAUAAAACAAUCUGCAUUUGCAAAUACUUCAAUUAAAUCACUAAAUCUGCAAGUUUCAAAAAUUGAAAUGUAUACUUUUACGAAUUCUAACAUUAAAACAAUAUCACUCGAAAAAGUUGAAAGAAUACAGCUUUAUGCGUUUGCAAAUUGCUCUCAUCUCAAAAAAAUAACUUUAUCAAAUUUAUUGGCUUUUGUUGGUGAAUGCUGCUUUGCAAAUUGCACUUCAUUAGAGUCAAUUCAACUAGAUAAUGUAAAAAGAUUACUUCCAUACACUUUCUACAAUUGCAAAUCGUUGAAUUCAAUUUCAUUAUCAAAUGAACUUAUAAGAAUCUACGAUUAUGCAUUAUCUUACACACAGAUAUCAUCUAUAUCACUUGCACCUACUACAGGCUACAUAGGUAACGGAGCUUUCGAGGAAUGUUCUAAAUUAUCACAAAUUUCCAUUUCAGAAGCUGUAUAUUUCAUCGGAGCAUCAGCAUUCAAAGGAACAUUAAUAACAUCAAUACAACUUCCUGCAAAAGUAACUCAUAUUCCUUCAAGUGUUUUUGAAAAUUGUAAAAAUUUACAAAAAUGCGUCAUUUUAGGGGACUUAGAUUCCAUUGAAGAAAAAGCUUUCAUGGGAUGUACUUCUCUCCAAGAAAUGGUCAUUAUAGGAAGUGUUUCUAAAAUAGAUCAGACAGCAUUUAGCGGAUGCCAAAGUCUGAAAAAAUUCUAUUUUUGCGCCGAUCAAAUUAAUGAUAAAAAUAUGUCACUUUUUGAAUCAAAUGUGACCAUUUUUGUACCAUCUAGUUAUAACAGAACGACCUUCUUUGGCUUGAAUGUAACAAUUGACAAGUCUGGAACUUGUCCUUCUGUUGAACCAGAUAAUAAAUCUGGAAUUACAACAAAACAACGUAAUUGGAUUAUUAUUGGUACAGUUCUUGUUGUUGCUGUUCUGUCUGGUAUCAUUAUUUUCGUUUCUUACAAAGCUUACCAAGCUCAUAAAAGAAGAUUUGACUCAAUCACUUCGACUUUGAUGCUUGGCAAUGUAUAA